UAAAUAAAAAAUAAAAUAAUAUAAUUGCAGGUAUGCUUGGCCUGCGUAAAAAUUGAUAUAAUUCAGGGGUUUUCCACCCUGUAGCAUGGCACUAAUAGGCCUUCAGCCAGAUAACCCCACUGGAACAAUGAAAAUCAGUGUAUAAGAGGCUCAGCUCUUCCAGCAUAUCCAAAAUAGUUCUGAGCAAAAUUCCGUUUCAGUAUUUUUCCUUUUCCACACGGCCAAAGAUCGACUUCAUAAACUCUUUCACUCAUAUAACCUACACGUUGAGACGUAGGCUAUCUGUCAUUUUGUGCCAGUGGUCACAUGGCUUUGGCCCUCAGGAAUGGAUAGAGAUGGAUCCCCACGUCAGCUUGUACGUCUAAGGAUUUCUGCUCCACCAGUCUGCCUCAAAGUGACUGGAGCGCAGCGUCGCGGAGGAACUAUGCAAGGAUUAUUAUAGGACGUUUUCAGCCACAGAAUAUGGAUUUUGAUGAACGGAUCUCUGGCUCCAAUAUGUAUUUACCGAGCUGCACUUACUACGUCUCCGGAGCAGAGUUCUCGGGUCUCCCUCAUUAUUUAACCCAGAGCCAGUCCUCUUGCCCCAUGACAUACUCCUACCAGUCCUCAGCUCUUCCACAGGUCCCAUCCGUGAGAGAUGUGGCUUUCAGAGACUAUGGCAUUGAUACUUCAAGUAAAUGGCACCACAGCAGGGGGAGCCUAUCGCACUGCUUCGCUGAGGACAUCGUGCACAGGGAAAGCUGGACGAGCCCGACCUCUCGGGGGGGAGAGAUCCUGGUGAAAGGCAGCCCCAGCGCCAGCCACUGCAGCUCCUCCAACCCGACGCCCAGCUUCUAUGGCAGCGUUGGCAGGAACGGGGUCCUGCCACAGGCGUUCGAUCAGUUUUUCGACACUGCUUACGGGAGCGCAGAGAACGGCGCAACGCCGACGGCACACGCGACAGAUACGGAGAGACACGCCAAAGCAAGCCCAGCUCCUGCGCACCCGGGCUCCGACACGGCGGAGAGCUGCAGCCCCAAGUCGUCUUCCGGCCACAGCGAGGAGAAGCAGAGCAAAAGCAGCAGUGGCCAGAGGACGCGCAAGAAGAGAUGUCCAUACUCCAAAUAUCAGAUCAGGGAACUGGAAAGAGAGUUCUUCUUCAGUGUUUACAUCAACAAAGAGAAGCGUCUGCAGCUUUCGCGGAUGCUCAACCUGACAGAUCGCCAGGUCAAGAUUUGGUUCCAAAACAGAAGGAUGAAGGAGAAGAAACUGAACAGAGACCGUUUACAGUACUACACCACGAACCCCCUGCUAUAAAAAACUGAACAAAGACAGCGGACACGCACCUCUCUCUUUUACACACACAUCUAUAUCAUUACCUGGACAGGAGGACGAGAUUUUAAAGUGCCACUCUCCAUCAAUAAUUAUUUAUACACCUUUAACACAAUUUGCUCUAUUAUUAUUAUUAUUAUUAUUAUUAUUAUUAUUAUUAUUAUUAUUAUUAUUAUUAUUAAGCUCGACAGAUGCUAAAGUCUAAUGGUUGCAUGGGGUGCUUACGCAGAAAACCACAUCUGUCUGAUUUCCCUUCAUUUUAUUUAAUAAUAUACAUCAAGAUGCAUUAAAAAAAAAUCCUAUUUUGUUCCACUAUAUGAUUAAAGUUUACUUGCGCACGCACGUGUAUCUUUCUGUCCCCUUUAAUGGAUCUUGAUUUGGCCCAAUUUAAGCGCGAACACACAUCUUUUGCGGGCCGAAUCUUUUGACUCCC